UCUGAAUUGGAAAUUUCAUCUGCAUUGGGUACAGAUUUCUAAGAGUUUUGGUUUGUGUUUUAGAGAAGGAAAAAAAAGAGGAGAGAAAUGAAAAAAGUAGCAAGUAAUUCCAGUCAUAUGGGGGCAUGAAUUGGAUAGGGUAAGGCUAUGGAAACGCGUGUACAUACAUUCUCCAGCGGGUUCAGCGGAAGUGUGGCCAGAAAAAAGGGUAUAUCUCAGGGGGCCCGGUCAAAACCUAAUGGGAUUAUGGGCCAAAACGAUCCAAACUAGAAAUUUGGGGCAGGGUCUUUUGUAUUUUUAGAAGGUAAUGAUUGCUAAAAAAAUCCCAUAACCAAAUCAACGCGAAUUCCAACAAACCAAAGAUCCACCAUGGUCUGUGUGAGAGUGGGGGAAUUAAAUGGAAUGGCAGUAAAACAGUUAAUAGAUCAAGUCUAAAAAUAUUGUGAGAGGACCGCGUGUCCGGACGGUUUGGAUAACGGCGACACAGGCAGUAAAUGUGGGCAUUUAACCCCCUCAACUUUGGUAGGUGAAAUGGGUGGUCAUUUACGAGGAGAGGGCAUGGCAGGGCGGGAACGGAAAAGAGGAUCCAAAGGGGGGCAUUAAUGGGGAUUGCUGCUUUUUUAGAGGAAUGGAGGGUUAGGGUUCGAACCAUCAUUAUAUGGGCUUGUGAGGAGAGGGAAAGAAAUGAAUGAGUUGUUGGCGAAGUUGGUGAGAAGCAAUGGCUCUUCUGCAGACUACAGCAGGAAGGCUGAUGUCAUAGCUUUUGGGUGUUGAAUUGUUUAUUCUUUCUUUUCUUCAGCACUAUUGAAUGGAUGUGUCCUUUACUUACAUACAAUCCAAGGUCCAGUUUGUUUUCCUUCUUUCUUGGUUUUACAGCUCUGGUAGGUUAGGUACUUCUUUAUUUACCGGUCGGCAGCAGCUUAAAGUAUUGUUUUGUCUGCAUUUGGGUUGAGAAGGAGAGUGUGCCUGUGGAACACUAGUUUACUAUCCUUUUCUGAAGGGCCAGAAGAGAGACAGAGUGAGAAAGUAGUGCCCACGGAGGCCUUCGUUCUCCCUCUUUCUCUUUGUGCUUCUGGAGGAGAGAUUGCUGGAUGCUUAAAUCUUAGAUAUGGCUUAAGCUUCCCUCAAUCUCUCUGGUCAUCAAUUUGGUCUCUUGGGAUUAGAAAUAUAUCAGGAAGAUUUCAUUAGGAAUUGGGUUUUACGUUAAGUAAGAAGUGGUGGGAGUGGAUUGAGAUAAAAAUGUAUGGGGACUGUGAUGUGCUGGUAGGGAAUAACAUGGGAGAGUCUUUCAUGUCACCGACUAGUCUGCUGGUUGCUCAAAGGUUGAUUCCUCAGUUGCCCACAAACUUGCAUUUGCAGAACCAAAGGUCGCUCUUUUCCUGUGACGGAUUGUCUCUUGCACCGCCCAAGCGAAUGAGAGAAGAAAGUCAACUUGCAGAGAGUAUGCAAUUCAAGAAUAGAGAGGAGGAGAAUGACAGCAAGUCAGGAAGUGGGCAUAUGGAUGGAGGGUCUGGUGAAGAUCAGGAUGCUGCAGAUCAACAACAUCGAAGGAAACGCUAUCACCGACACACGGCUAGACAAAUCCAGGAGAUGGAAGCCUUGUUUAAGGAGUGCCCACACCCGGAUGACAAACAGAGACAACGGCUCAGCAUUGAAUUGGGUCUGAAGCCGCGGCAGGUCAAAUUUUGGUUUCAGAACCGGCGCACUCAGAUGAAGGCACAGCAGGAUCGAACAGACAAUGCCAUUCUACGUGUUGAGAAUGAGAGCCUUCGAAAUGAAAACCUAACUCUGCGUGAAGCGGUGAAGAAUGUUAUCUGUCCCAGUUGUGGAGGUCCAUCUUUGGUGGGUGAAAUGGCUUACAGUGAACACAAUUUGCGAAUGGAGAACUCCCGUCUAAAGGAUGAGCUUGAUCGAGUCUCGAACAUUGCAUCACGAUAUCUAGGAGGAAGAGCGAACCACUCAUUGACAACCAUGGCGCCGCCGCCACUGAUAACAUCUUCUCUAGAUUUGGGAAUGGGGAACUUUGUAAAACAGUCUACUGAUAUCAUGCCAAUGACUUCUUUCACUGAUGUGGGCAUCACUACUGGAGGUGCUUUCAUGGAUAUGGACAAAUCCUUGGCAGUGCAGCUAGCUAUGAGUAGCACAGAUGAAUUGAUUCAAAUGGCACAGAUGGAUGAGCCACUCUGGUUGAAAACUAAUGCCAAUGUGGUGAAAGAGGUUUUGAAUUUGGACGAGUAUGACAGGCUUUUUCCGUGGAGUAUGGGGCUGAGCUUCAAGCACAACAAUAGCCUUAGGACAGAAGCCACUAGAGAUACCUCUGUUGUCUUUCUCAAUGCUGGUGCAAUUGUUGACCACCUAACAGACGUGAAUAAAUGGAUGGACAUGUUUGCCUGCAUGGUAACUCGGGCCAAAACGGUGCAAGUUUUAUCGCACGGGCUACCGGGUCACAGGAAUGGCUCGCUUCAAUUGAUGUACGCGGAGCUGCAGGUUCUUUCACCUCUGGUUUCUACCAGAGAAAUUCAUUUCCUUAGGUACUGUCAACAGAGGGCAGAAGGCAUGUGGGUAGUAGUUGAUUUUUCAAUGGAAGAGUUGCUCACCACUCCAUCACAGUCGCUUAUACGCUACCGAAAACGCCCAUCAGGCUGCCUAAUCCAGGACAUGCCCAAUGGAUAUUCAAAGGUGACUUGGGUGGAACAUGUGGAGGCAGAAGAUGCUGCAGUCCAUAAAAUGUAUCAGCAGCUGGUGAACAGUGGAAUGGCCCUGGGUGCUUACCGUUGGUUGGCUACAUUGCAAAGACAAUGCGAGCGUCUUGCCAGCUUCAAUGCCGAAAAAGUAUCUCCAAAAGACAUUGGAGGCAUAGGUUCUCCAGAAGGAAAACGAAGCAUGAUGAGAUUGUCACUGAGGAUGAUCAACAGUUUCUGCUCAAAUGUGAGUGCAUCCACAAGUAAUUCUUGGACGACUCUGUCUGGAUCCAAUGGCAGCAACGGUGAUGACUGUGUUCGAAUUACAACAAGAAAAAAUACCGAACCGGGACAACCCACUGGUGUUGUUAUCUGUGCUGCAACUUCAUUCUGGCUUCCUGUUCCUCCCCACCGAGUAUUCGACUUUCUCAGGGAUGAGAAAACCAGAUCACAGUGGGAUACUUUGUCCACCGGAAACCUGGUGCAAGAAGUAGCACACAUUGCAAAUGGGUCGCAUCCUGGAAAUUGUAUAUCUCUUCUGCGUUUAAAUGCGUGCUCCACUAGCCAGAAUGUAGAGUUGAUACUCCAGGAGAGCUGCACAGAUGCGUCGGGGUCAGUCAUAGUUUACGCACCAGUAGAUGUGCCAUCACUGAAUACAGCAAUGAGUGGGGAAGAUCCUUCAUACAUACCCCUCCUUCCCUGUGGAUUUGCCAUACUGCCAGAUAGUCCAGGAAGCAAUAGAUCACUAGUUCCACUAACUUCAUUUCAUGAAGUAACAGGCACAGCCAGCAGCAAUGGAUUGGACAGCCCUCGGACAGGAGGAUCGUUGAUUACUGCAGCUUUUCAAAUGAUUGGUAGCAAUUUGUCUGCAGCUAAAGUUAACUUGGAAUCUGUGUCAACCAUAAACAAUAUCAUAUGCACCACAGUGCAACAAAUCAAAGCUGCAUUGCACUGUCCAGAUAUUUGAAUGCAAGCAAACCAACCGGAAGCAAAUGAAGAAUUGUGAUAUCCAUCUUAUCUUGACGUUGUCUUAGCAGAAACAAACAAUAUGAGAUCCUCUUUCUAACUGUAAUAAAAGGAUCUGAGUAUUGUUUGCAGUAGAUAUUAGGUUUUAAUGUUAGUUUUUUAAAGGAGCCACGAGGAAGUCAAGAGCGCACCAUAGAUGCUUCCUUGCUAUGUGGUAAAGCGAAUUGAUCAUGCUUUCAUGUGUGUGUGUGUGUGCAAACAUACAAUUUGAACGUGCAUGAGCUUCACCACUCAGCAAGGGUAGUGGUUCGGGAAUUGACUUCUGUUGAGGUGAUCAGAUGUAUGUAUUGUUUCAGCGUUUUUUGCAGCACAUUUCUUUUGUGCUAUGUAGAACGACUGUCGUUUGUUCGACCAUCUAUCUGGGUUCUGUAGAUGACAGAUUUGGUGUUUCAUGAACUUUAAUGCGGAUUCAAAGUAUUUGAAGAA